CCUUGAUUAGUUAAUAUGCAGUGCACGACGGUGCCCACGCACGAUGAAUAUUCAUAUUGGUGGCGUUUUCGCCGCCGUCUCUUCUCUCUCCACCCCUCCUUUCCUCCUCCCUCCUCUCUGUUCCUCCAUCCACCGCCGUGGAAACGCAGCAGCCAGCGUGGCGCUAUGGAGGCACCCCGGAAGAGCCUGUCAUAUUUACAGUUGUUCUUCCAAACUCAAUCACACACACUUUGGUUCCUUGUAGUUUGGGUGUCACUCGCUGCCGCCGCUGACACAAUGGCAGAUAAGACUCAGAUGCCGAGCAGAGACCGCGCUCUGAAGGGGAGAGAGGACAAAAUGGUCGUGGCAGACAAGCACGCAGUUAAUGGGAAUCCCACUGUGGAGCCUUUUCCAGAAGGCAUGGAGACCAUCAUGUUUGGUAUGGGCUGCUUCUGGGGAGCUGAGAAAUUUUUCUGGAGGCUUCCAGGAGUCUUCUCCACACAGGUUGGCUAUGCCGCCGGCUUCACACCUAACCCCAAUUACGAGGAGGUCUGCACAGGUCUCACCGGUCACACUGAGGUGGUGAGGGUGGUCUUCUCCCCUAAAGAUCUCAGCGUUGAGGAGCUGCUCAAAAACUUUUGGGAAAACCACGAUCCCACCCAAGGUAUGAAGCAGCACAAUGACCAUGGUACUCAGUAUCGUUCGGCCAUUUACACAUCCAACCCCACUCAACAGGAGCUUGCAUUGAAGAGCAAAGUGGCCUUCCAGCAGGAGCUGGAUAAAAAAGGCCUUGGUAGCAUCACCACAGAGAUCAUGCAGGACCAGACCUUUUACUACGCUGAGGACUAUCACCAGCAGUACCUGAAGAAGGUACCCAACGGCUACUGUGGCCUCAAAGGCACCGGAGUGUCUUGCCCCAUCGGAGCCGGGAAGGAAGAACUGUGAGGGAUGUGUGGUGAGAAAGAAACAGAUGAGAAUUCUUUAAGGCUUAUAUGUUGUUUUUAAUCAUAAUCAUAAUCAUUUUUAAAAGUAUUUGAUGCACUUGCUAAAAAGAUUCACUUCCAUUGUGUGAUUUAGUAUAAUAUAAAAACUUAUAAAGACAUAAUAAACACAUAAAGAGAACUUGACUAGAUACACAGCUUAAAACAAGGACAUACAUAGACAUUUGACAUAUAUAGAGAAAAGUAUUUAUAUUUUCAUAGAUCAACCACAGCAAAACCACUGACAGGUGACAUGAAUAACAUUGAUCAUCUCGUUACAAUGCACUGUUCUGCUGGGAAGCCUUGGGUUUUGGCAUUCAUGUGGAUGCCACUUGACACGAACCACCUUCCCAAACACUGGUGCAGACCAAGUACACCUCGUCAUGGCAACAGCACUCCCCGAUAGCUUUGAACCCAAUACCACAAAAAACUGCUCAGGAAUGGCCGAACGAACGUGACAAAGAGCUCAAGGUGUCAACCUAGCCUUGAAAUUCCCUAGACCCCAAUCUGGUUGAGUAUCCGUGGGACGGUAUCCCAGAGGUCAGAGCCAAGUCCAAUCCACAGGUAGACUUCUCACCUGUCGAAGCAUAGGAACAGGACCUCUGGGGCUAUCCUGUGGUGUCUGGCAGCAGGGCAUUGGUGGCAAAUCCUUUGAGUCCUGUGGGUUGUGAAUUAGGGUACUGGCAUGCCCCACGUAUGCUUGAAUAGCUUAGGAUCUGGGGAAUCUAGAGGCCAGGUCAAUUCCUUGAGCUCUUUGUCUCAUUCCCUGGGCCUGUGCUGUUGCCAUGAGGGGCUGGACUUGGUCUACAUUGGUGUCUGGGUGUGUGGUGCAUAUAAAACUAUGAAAUUUGUAAAAACUAAGACAAUCGUCUCUUAGAUAGUUUUCUGUACAACACCUGUGAGACACAAAGACAAUUCAAAGUGCUUUACAUUAGACAUAAAAUGUAUUUGAACAGUAUAUAAAAGACAAUCAGAAGCUAAAUGAAAAGAGCAGUAAUCUUGAAGAUGCAGUGUAGCUGUAGUAGUAGUAGUAGUCUGAUGGACUGCAGUAACAAGCUUUCUCCACAGAGUGGCAAUGUUUCUCAAAGAACAUAGUGGAGAAGUAAAUGCAUCCCAUUUAAUGUGACAGAUUGGAGCUAAGACACCAUGUGAAAAGUUUGUAUUCCAUUGUUAGUUGAUUUUCUUUCACCGUAUAACCAGAACACUGUGAUAGAGCUCACACUUGACUGUCAGAGUAACAAUACUUAAGAUGUAUUAAAUGCUUAAAUGCAGAUUUUAAUAUGCUGAGUAGCUUAGUCAAACAAACACACUAAUGCCUGCUUGAAUUUAAUGCAAUCGUAUCAUUUUUAAUUUACUCUGAAUAACUGAUGUGAAUGAUUUACCUUCAAUCAGAAUACUGCCUUUUAUUUUCUUCAUGUAUCCCUCUGAAAAUAAUAAAACAUACCUCAUCCA